UACUGGUAGUUUGUGUAAAAAUAUUGCGUCUGCCCGUUUGUUAUAUUUGAGCAUUUUUCACUAAUGAUACUCAAAAGUAAUGGAAUAAUUUCACAAGAAACGUUUAACUAUUAAUGCGUGACUAAUUAGUGGUUUAGAUAAUAUAAAAUGGUUGCUGAUAAAGAUCGUCGCCCUUGUGUGCUGAUGUUGGAUAGUCAAAAUGAAGGCAUUUCUGUUAUUUUCAACCUUUGUUGUGGUUAUCGUACAUACAGUUCGCUGUGGCUUAGCGCCCUUCAUUAGACCAUGCUACGCAGAAGACAGGGCAUGUUUAAAGUCGUCUGCUCAAGCGGCCGUUGCGGUGGUGGCGGCAGGACUUCCGGCAUUGGGAGUAGAGCGAAUGGACCCGAUGCAUCUCGAGCACGUAUCGGCCAGCCAGUCCGGGCUGGUUAUGGAGUUCAAUAAUACCCAAGUACGAGGGUUGCGACACUGUCGUGUGCUCGAUUUACAACGUGAAGGUCCUCGGAUGUCAGUGGAGCUGCAGUGCAGUGUGGUGCUGACCGGGGAUUAUGUUCUCAGUGGCAAAUUGCUCAUCUUUCCCAUACAGGGCAGUGGCCGCUACAAGAUCACAAUACGUGACAUAGUUGUGAAGGUCAGCUUGGAGACGGUGGAGCGUACGAAAGGCGGAGAGCGGUACUGGUCGGUGGUGAGUUGGAAGCACACGGCCCAUGUCCUUACGAGCGUCGUCUAUCAUUUUCAGAAUCUAUUUAAUGGCGAUGAAGCACUGGCCCGUCCAGUAACCCGUUACGCAAACAAGAACUGGCGGGAAAUAUUCACAGAAGUGUCACCGCCCAUCGUCUCCGCUAUCGUCGACCGCAUCGUGCAACAAACUGCUCACCUCUUCGACAAAGUGCCUCUUACACAACUUUCCUUGGACUGACAUACCGAAGAUUCAAUAUUCGAAGUCAUUUGUAUCUCCUUUCCUUAGAAAUUCAUGAACGCAUUUGGAAAUUGAUUUAUCUAAAUACUUAUAUUACAAUCAGAAGAAGUUACCUAUUUUGUAAUAAUUUCAUGGCAUCCGUUACCUAUCACUUGAAGAAAUAAGGUCAUUAUCAUUUAUAAUAUUUAUUAUAAAAACAUAGAUAAUUCUUAAUAUUAUUUUAUAAUUUCAUUUCUGUUAAACUUUUUUGUACGUAUGAGUCAUUGGAUGAAAUUAACGUAAGUAUGUGUUUUCAACAUUGGUUAAGUCACUUAACUAAAUGAACAAACGAACAUACAAACAAGGGAACACAAACUGUUAUUGUAUUUAUUCUGUGUGAAUAUAGAUUAAAAAUA